UAUGUCAGUGGACCAACCAUGGCAGUCGUUGCUCUUAAAUGUCCCGACAUUGAAGUAGCUGUCGUUGACAUCUCUGUACCACGUAUCAACGCUUGGAACAGCGACCAGCUUCCAAUCUACGAGCCUAGUCUCGACGAAGUCAUCAAGCAGUGCCGUGGCAAGAACCUUUUCUCCAGCACCGAUGUUGAUAAACACGUCAGAGCUUUCGAAGCUUGCGGCAGACGCUUUCUUGGCUCAGAGGAUUUCUUUCAUCUGUUAAUGCAAUGUCAGCUCUGUGUGAAGCCACUGACGCUGAUGUCACGCAAGUGGCUUACGCGGUUGGUACCGACUCAAGAAUCGGUUCCAAGUUCUUGAACUCGAGUGUUGAAUUCGGUGGUUCUUUUUCCAGAAGGAUAUUCUGAACCUCGUGUACAUUUGUGAAUGCAAUGGACUCCCUGAAGUGGCUGAGUACUGGAAGCAAGUCAUCAAGAUCAAUGACUACUAGAAGAACCGAUUUGUCUCUUCAAUGUUCAACACCGUGUCAAACAAGAAGAUUGAGGUUCUAGGUUUUGCAUUCAAGAAAGACACUGGUACUAGGCAGACUCCAGCCAUCGACGUGUUUAAGGGUCUUUUAGGAGACAAAGCGAGGUUAUGCAUUUACGAUCCUCAGGUGACAGAGGAUCAGAUUCAGAGGGAUUUGUCGAUGAACAAGUUUGAAUGGGACCAUCCGCUUCAUUUGCAGCCAAUGAGCCCAACGACGGUGAAACAAGAGAGUGUGAGUUGGGACGCAUAUGAAGCAUCCAAGGACGCGCAUGGUAUAUGUAUCUCGACAGAGUGGGAUGAGUUCAAGAACUUGGAGAAACCGGCUUUUGUGUUUGCUGGAAGCAACAUUAUGGAUUUUGAGAAGCUUAGGGAGAUUGGUUUCAUUGUGUACUCCAUUGGUGAGCCACUAGAUGCAUGGCUCAAGGACAUGCCGGCCGUUGCCUAAAUGAUGAUUCUUUUUGAACCUUUACAUAUAUUUUUUCCUCCAUUAUUAGAUCAUAUAUAUGUUGGUUAAGUAUUAAACCGAUUGGUUAGUUUUGGUUUAGCUUCUUUUUACUGAACAAAGGCACUAUACCAAACCAAUGUAACAAACUUUUGCUAAGAAAGCUUUAAUUGAAAACGUUUAAUAUGGUAUCAGAGCCAUCUAUGGCUUCUUCUUCGUCGAUUUGCGAUUUCUCGAGCUGAUUCCUUUCGUUUUUCAUGGCGGUGAGCUUCUCGGUGUUACAACAACUAUCUCUCUUCGUCGAUGUCAUUGCUUUUCUGGUGAUUCAUCUCGUUUCCGUCUUAUCGCGAAUCUUGCUUUCGUUCCGCUUCUUGAGCUUGUGAUUUCGUCUGAUUCGUCUUCGAUUAUUCUUCAAUCAUGAGUUCUGCUGCUGCGAAUCCUCAAUUCUUGGACCAUUACGAAAAUCCCUACUAUCUCCACAGUUCCGAUCAUGCUGGACUGGUUCUCAUCUCCGAUCGCCUCUCUUCCGGUGCGGAGUUUCAUUCUUGGAAGCGCUCGAUUCGUAUGGCCUUGAAUGUUCGCAAUAAGCUUGGUUUCAUCGAUGGUACGAUUCCUAAACCUCCUGAUAGCCAUCGUGAUGCUGGAUCUUGGUCUCGGUGCAAUGAUAUGGUUGCGACUUGGAUUAUGAAUUCUGUUUCUAAGAAGAUAGCUCAGAGUCUUCUUUAUAUGUCUACUGC